CAGUGGUCUGUCAUUAAAGGGGCGGGCUCGGCGCGUUCACGGCGCCACAUAAAAGAGUCCGCGAGCCGCCGGUGCCGGUUGGACUCCCCACAGAACCGGGUCGGACCUGACGGACUCCGGAGAGCCGAACCACUGCCGGUUCAACCAGCUGCUCGACUUGAACCUUCAGCUGAUCCAAGGCGGGGCCGCGGGAGCUCAGGGGUCAUCAUGGCCUCCCACUCAGACAAGCGCUUCCUCGUCUUCUUCGACUUCGACGAGACCAUCGUGGACGAAACCAGCGACGACAUGGUGGUGCAGACGGCCCCGAACCAGCACCUGCCCAGCUGGCUGAAGGACACGUACGAGCCGGGCCGCUACAACGAGUACAUGCAGCGCGUGCUGGGCUACCUGUCGGAGCAGGGCGUGACCGAGAGCGACCUGCGCGGCGUCAUGGAGAAGAUCCCCGCCACCCCCGGGAUGCUCAACCUCUUCCAGUUCCUGCGGGCGCGCUCGCAGGACUUCGAGGUGGUGCUGGUGUCCGACUCCAACUCCUUCUUCAUCGAGGCGUGGCUGCGGCGCUUCGGGGUCCGCCAGCUCUUCCACCGCGUCUUCACCAACCCGGCCACCUUCAACAGGAACGGGCGGCUGGUCCUGCGGCCCUUCCACUCCCARGACUGCCCCCGGUGCCCCGUCAACAUGUGCAAGCAGGCGGUGGUCCGGGAGUACGCGGCGCGCAGGACGCAGGAGCGCGGCCGCCCCUACCAGAGGGUCUUCUACGUCGGGGACGGGGCCAACGACUUCUGCCCGGCGCUCUGCCUCGGAGCCCGAGACGUGGCCUUCCCGAGGAAGAGCUUCCCCAUGCACCAGCUGAUCACAGAGACCCACGAGGCCACGCCCGGGGUGUUCAAGGCCGUGACGGUGCCGUGGGCCAACGCCGAGGAGGUGGCCGCGCGCCUCAGGAGACACUUAGCAGAGUAGAGMGGGGUUUGUGGGGGGCUCAGAGCGGGAUUAGAUCAGCCAGUAACUUCAAGUCAUAAUCUCAGGAAAACUGUCAGAAAUUAAUGUUCAAGGCAAUAAAGUUUCUGUUGGGGCUGCACGAUAUAUCGAAAUAUUGUGGCGARAUCCUGCAAAGACUGGUCUGCAAUAAUUCAUAAAGCAGUUUAAUAAAGUGGCAUAAAGUUAUACAUAUCCUGUCAACCUGGUUUAGAUGAUAGAAACAGCAGAUGAGGYGAUGUGGAUUUAUCGUGAUUAAUAUCAGCAAUAUUGAACAAUAACAUCACACAUCAGAGGUUUUUCUAAUAUUCUGCAGCCCUACUUUCUGUGUGAAUUGGGCACAAUGUCCAGCCUCCUCCUGUCUCCAGUGUUUAAGUCGAAAGGUCGUCUGUCCUCAAUCAUAAAAGCGUCAAAUCAAACGUGAAGCUAAU